AAAGGCCAGAGAAUCCUACACAAGAUCCAUGCAAAAUCUCACACCCCCAAAUCCUCAUUUUCUGCCUCAUUCAUCUCUCUCUCUCUUCUGGCCUCUCUCUCCUCCCUCCUGUCAAAUCUCUCAGAAUUCCCAACAUCCCAAACCCACCACACCCCCGCCGUCCGCCGCCGUCGAAACCCAACAAAAAAGAAAACGCAAUGGCAGCAGCCAAUCAGGCUCUCCGGUCAUUACUAUUUCUACUCCUCGUACCCCUAUCCCUCACCACGGCCACGAUUUUCCUUUUCGGGUCGGGUCAGAAAUACAGGGCCUUGGCCCAGACUGUUGGGCUCCCGCCGCUGCGAGCCAUCCACCUGGGCUCAAUGGGCUCGAGUUUCCUUAUGGGCUUCUCGGCCUGGCUCGCGUGGGCCGAGGGCGGAUUCCGCGGCCCAUCCGACGCACUGCCCCUGUACAUUGCUCAAGUCUCCUUGAGCCUGGUUUUCCACCCGCUCGUGCUUAGGAUCGGAGCGGCUUAUCUGGGGUUGGUUUUCUGUCUCUUGUUUUUUGGUACGACGGUGGGGUGUUACGAGAGAUUCCGGCGAGCGAAUCUGGUCGCCGGAGCUCUCGUCACGCUUUGUUUGGCAUGGGUGGCAUUCCUUACCUUUGUUAAUUUCAAGCUUGUUUUGAUUUGAGAUUAUCAGUUUUUGGGAGGCCAGUGGUCGCAUUGUUUGUUGAUCACUAGAUUGUUAUAGGAUUCUCUUUUGACGUGUGCUUAGGGGCUAUUUUGGCGAAAUAAUUCAAAUGAAUUAUUUUUUUUGUUUUUA